UCGACUGGAGGCGAGUGGUUACUCUCGCGCUUGUCAAAUAACUUAUUUCUAGGAUUUUCUUUUGCCGUGUGACCAUUCUAUUUAACUUACACCGUAAAUUUUGCGAUAUUAUUGAUAAACGUGUCUUGUAUGCCUCGUUGGGUCAUACUGACUGAUACACCAGUGUCGAUAACAUGAUUAAAUUAUUUUCGUUGAAACAAGCGAAAAAAGAUGGCGAAUCACCGAAGGCAGGUACUCAAAAGAAGGCAUCAGCGGCACAGUUGAGAAUUACUAAAGAUAUUAACGAACUGAAUCUUCCCAAAACAUGCAACACAGAGUUCCCCGAUCCAGAUGACUUGUUAAAUUUUAAAUUAGUUAUUUGUCCCGAUGAGGGUUUUUACAGGGGUGGAAAAUUCACUUUUAGCUUUAAGGUUGGACCGAAUUAUCCCCACGAACCGCCAAAAGUCAAGUGUGAAACUCAAGUGUAUCAUCCAAAUAUUGAUCUUGAGGGAAAUGUGUGUCUCAACAUUUUGAGGGAAGACUGGAAGCCCGUACUCACGAUUAAUUCCAUUGUUUAUGGAUUGCAGUAUCUCUUUUUGGAACCCAAUCCGGAAGAUCCACUGAAUAAAGAAGCUGCUGAGGUAUUACAAAGCAAUAGAAGAGGCUUCGAACAGAAUGUAACAAAAGCGAUGAGAGGGGGUUACGUGGGAUCUUUCUACUUUGAGCGAUGUCUCAAGUGAUACAUUUUUUUCUACACUCAUGAUUCUCAAUGUAAUCUCUCACGAAUCGUCGUCACCUAGAGAAGAAUUCAAUUUCCCGAUGCAGUAACAGAAACAGUAAAUUGGCGCUAUUGCCGGUAUCAUAUAUCCAAUCUCUCAUGAUUUUUAUUUUGGUUUAAAACGAAAUCUCUGCUCAGCCUUUCCAUAUUUGGCUGCCAUAAAUAACGUAAAAUAGCCACGGGAUAUGAUUCCCUCCAUUACUCUUUCCAAAGAUACAACAGUAAAGACUAUUUGGAAAUUUCAUAUUGAUCAAUUUUUUUUUUAUUAAAAACCUCCGCACACAUGCAAAGCGCCAACUUUUGUAAUUACUCGGGCUGUUUAGGUGUACAAUUGCAUAAUAUAUCUUCUCAAGGAGCAUUCUAACGUGAUUUAAUUUCAAUAUGAAAGCGACGAUGUGGAGAUUUAUGUAAAAUAAAGUCUAUUGCUGAAUAAUUAAAUUGAGUAAAAAAACUUCUAACAUUUGAGAAGAUAAAGACGAUGGAAAUAAAAAUGUGAAUGAAAAAAAUGUGCGGUAGUUCUGAGAAAAAUAUAACGGCGGAUUUUAUUUAUUAAAUAUCGACAGAACAUAACGAUCUCGUUGGUCGGUUGAUGCUAUAAAUAUUUUUAACUAUUUUUUCCUGUUAGCUUUCAUGAUUUCAUUUUUUCUGAACUGAUAUUAAACGUAGAUAAAUGAAGAAGAAAUUAUUGGUCAAAUUGUCGCCUUUUUAGAUUGUUGAUUUUUUUUACGUUUCAGUAAUCAAGAAAUGGUUAUAGUUUUGCAUAGUAAUAAGUUGGAAAGAUAUGGACACUCUGGAGGGUAAUAUGACCGCCUCAAAGAGUCAGGAGUUGAUAAAGAACUUUUAAUAGUUUCCGCACUCAUUAUUUUCCCGAUUAUUUUUUGCAAAGAAAAGAUGUAAAUUAAAAAGAUGAAAUGAAUUGUUGCGACUCAGAUUUUCACGCAGCUAUGUAAAGAUAUAUUCAAUUAUGAAAAUAAAUGAAACGAUAAUUCUGCGACAA